AUGUCGCAAGUCAACGGUCAUGCCGAGGCAGUCGAACCCCAGCCUCCCCUUGCUGCUUACACGGUGCAGGAACAGCCCCUCGGUUCCACGCGGCACAUCCGUAUUGUUGUCAUUGGAGCCGGAGCGAGCGGCCUAAACCUGGUCCGGACGCUGCGGCUCAAUCUCAGCGACUUUGAAGUUGCCGUCUACGAGAAGAACGCCGAUGUGGGAGGCACUUGGUUCGAGAACCGCUAUCCCGGGUGCAGAUGCGACGUCCCCAGUCACAGCUACCAGUUCUCAUGGCGGCAAAAAAAGGACUGGACCAACUUCUUCUCGACUGCAGAGGAGAUUGGAGAGUAUCUGUGCCGGGUUUGUGACGAGGAGGGCAUGAGGGAGUCGAUCAGGACUUCGCACCAAGUGGUCUCGGCGCAGUGGAGCGAGAAGGAUGGGCAGUGGGAGUUGGUUAUCCGGAACUUGGAGUCCGGGGAGGAGUUCAGCGACUACGCAACCUUCCUCGUGAACGGGACGGGCAUCUUGAACAAUUGGAAGUGGCCGGAUCUUGAUGGGCUUGAUUCAUUCCAAGGGCGCCUGAUUCACACUGCCCGGUGGCCAAAGAAUUUCGACCACACGGGCAAGACCAUUGCCGUUAUCGGCAACGGAUCCAGCGGAAUCCAGGUGCUGCCAGAGCUCCAACCGGGUGCCGAGAAACUGUAUCACGUAUUCCGGACGCCCACAUGGGUUCUUCCUCCGAGGAUCCAGGCGUGGAAAGUCAUGGGCCAAGCCGGCCAGAUUCUGAGCCAGAUCCAGAUGGACGCCCAGGAGAACUUCUCGCAGGAGACCAUCGAGAGGUUCCAGUCUGACCCCGACUUCUACCGCGCGUUUGUGAAGAAGAUCGAAGUGGAAGUGAACAACGCUUUCCCGGUCGUGCUCGCAAACAGCCCGGUACAAGCCUUUGCCAGAGCGAAGGUCACGGAAUACAUGACGCUCAUGCUCGGGGGGAACCAGGAGCUUUGCAAGGCACUGAUACCCGACUUCCCGCUUGGAUGCAGGAGAAUGACCCCCGGCCACGGAUACCUCCAAGCCCUGACACAACCCAAUGUGGAAGUUAGGCGAUCAAUGAUCAAGCGGUUUGUGCCGGAGGGUAUCGAGCUGGAAUCCGGGGAAAUCUUGAAGGUCGACGCGAUCGUCUGCGCGACAGGUUACGAUACGUCUUUCCGCCCGCGCUUCCCGAUUAUCGGCUGCGACGGAAACCUUCAAGACAGAUGGAGAAACGAAACCCCAAAGGCCUACAUGUCGUGCGCCGUGGCCGGGCUACCAAACUACUUCAUGUUCCUCGGCCCCAACGGGCCAAUUGGCCAUGGAAGUGUCUUCACUCUCACGGAACACAUCGCAAAGUACAUUACUUCUGUUAUCAAGAAAUGCCAGACCGAGUCCAUCAAGGCCAUCGUCCCGUCUGCGGCAGCAGUCGACGACUACUUUGAGCACAUCACGGCCUUCAUGCCGCGCACCACGUGGGCUACGCCCCGGGGAAGGUCGUGGUUCAAGAAUGGGCGUGAGGACGGGCCUGUCACGGCGCUGCAUCCUGGCAGCCGGAUCCAUUUUUUCCACAUGCUGGAAAGGUUUAGGGGUGAGGAUUGGGAGUAUGUGUAUAUGGGGGGAAGGAGGAAUCGGUUUGGGUACCUGGGCAAUGGAUUCUCCACAAAGGAGCUGGAUCCGCAAGGGGAUACGACCUGGUAUCUUGAUGAAGGGGCGGUUGUGCGAUAA